AUGAAAGACGACUUUGCAGAGGAGGAGGAGAUGCAGUCCUUCGGUUACAAGAGGUUUGGUAUUCAGGAAGGAACACAAUGUACCAAAUGUAAAAACAACUGGGCACUGAAGUUUUCUAUCAUAUUAUUAUACAUUUUGUGUGCCUUGCUAACAAUCACAGUGGCCAUUCUGGGAUACAAAGUUGUAGAGAAAAUGGACAAUGUGACAGGGGGCAUGGAGACAUCUCGCCAAACCUAUGAUGACAAGCUCACAGCAGUGGAAAGCAACCUGAAAAAAUUAGGGGACCAAACUGGGGAAAAAGCUAUAAGCACCAAUUCAGAACUCUCCACCUUCAGAUCAGACAUUCUGGAUCUUCAACAACAGCUUCGCGAUAUCUCAGAAAAGACCAGCAAGAACAAAGAUAGGCUGGAGAAGUUACAGGCAAGUGGGGACGCACUGGUGGACAGGCAGAGUCAACUGAAAGAAACUUUGGAGAAUAACUCUUUCUUCAUCACCACUGUAAACAAAACCCUGCAGGCGUACAAUGGCUAUGUAACGAAUCUGCAACAAGAUACCAGCGUGCUGCAGGGCAACCUGCAGAGUCAAAUGUACUCUCAUAACGUGGUCAUCAUGAACCUCAACAACCUAAACUUAACCCAGGUGCAGCAGAGGAACCUCAUCACUAACCUGCAGCAGUCUGUGGAUGACACGAGCCAGGCCAUCCAACGAAUCAAGAACGACUUCCAAAACCUGCAGCAGGUUUUUCUCCAAGCCAAGAAGGACACCGAUUGGUUGAAGGAGAAAGUCCAGAGCCUGCAGAUGCUGGCUGCCAAUAACUCUGCCUUGGCCAAAGCCAACAAUGACACCCUGGAGGAUAUGAACAGCCAGCUCAACUCCUUCACAGGUCAGAUGGACAACAUCACCACGGCCUCACAAGCCAACGAGCAGAACCUGAAAGACCUGCAGGACAUACACAAGGACUCGGAGAACAGAACAGCCGUCAAGUUCAGCCAGCUGGAGGAACGCUUUCAGCUCUUUGAAACGGAUAUCGUAAACAUCAUUAGCAACAUCAGUUACACGGCCCACCACCUGCGGACGCUGACCAGCAAUCUCAAUGAAGUCAGGACCACUUGCACAGAUACCCUGACCAAACACACGGACGACCUGACCUCCUUGAAUAACACACUGGCCAAUAUCCGCUUGGAUUCUGUUUCUCUCAGGAUGCAGCAAGAUACGAUGAGAUCGAGAUUAGACACGGAAGUAGCGAACUUAUCAGUGAUUAUGGAAGAAAUGAAGCUUGUGGACUCCAAACACGGUCAGCUCAUCAAGAAUUUUACAAUACUGCAAGGUCCUCCUGGCCCCCGGGGUCCGAAAGGUGACAGAGGAGCGCAGGGCCCCCCGGGUCCCACUGGCAACAAGGGCCAGAAGGGAGAGAAAGGGGAGCCUGGCCCGCCCGGUCCCGCCGGGGAGAGGGGCCCCAUCGGGCCGGUCGGCCCCCCCGGAGAGCGAGGCAGCAAAGGCUCCAAAGGCUCUCAGGGCGCCAAGGGCUCCCGCGGGUCCCCGGGGAAGCCCGGCCCUCAGGGACCCAGUGGCGACCCGGGCCCUCAAGGCCCACCGGGCAAGGACGGCCUCCCCGGCCCCCAGGGCCCCCCCGGCUUCCAGGGCCUGCAGGGCACCGUGGGGGAGCCCGGCGUGCCCGGACCGCGGGGGCUGCCCGGCUUGCCUGGGGUGCCCGGCAUGCCAGGCCCCAAGGGUCCCCCUGGCCCUCCAGGCCCGUCGGGAGCAGCCGUGCCCCAGGCCCUGCAGAACGAGCCAACCACAGCACCCGAGGCCAACGGCUGCCCGCCUCACUGGAAGAACUUCACAGACAAAUGCUACUACUUUUCGGUCGAGAAAGAAAUUUUUGAGGAUGCGAAACUUUUCUGCGAAGACAAGUCUUCACAUCUCGUUUUCAUAAACACAAGGGAGGAACAGCAAUGGAUAAAAAAGCAGAUGGUGGGGAGAGAGAGCCACUGGAUCGGCCUCACGGAUUUGGAGCAUGAAAACGAAUGGAAGUGGCUGGAUGGGACGCCCCUAGAGUAUAAAAAUUGGAAAGCCGGACAGCCAGAUAACUGGGGCCAUGACCAAGGGCCAGGAGAAGAUUGUGCUGGGCUAAUUUACGCCGGGCAGUGGAACGAUUUCCAGUGUGAAGACGUCAAUAACUUCAUAUGUGAAAAAGACAGGGACACAGUGCUAUCAUCUUCAUUAUAA